AUAACUCAAGGUGCAUCUCUGGGUCAUCUCACACAAGAGGUCCACAUCUUCAAAACUCCUCCACAAAACAUUGUACAACCUAUAUUUACUUUUCUGCUAUUUUGCACACCAGUAUUUCUACUUCCACAUCAUCAUAUCUACCACUCCGGUGUUAAUUUGCUAAAUUGUAAUUACUUCGCUACUAUGGCCUAUUUAUUGCCUUACCUCCUUACUCCAUUUGCACACACUGUAUAGACUUUUUCUAUUGUGUUAUUGACUGUACGUUUGUUUAUGUGUAACUCUGUGUUGUUUGUGUCACACUGCUUUGCUUUAUCUUGAACAGGUCACAGUUGUAAAUGAGAACUUGUUCUCAACUGGCCUAACUGGUUAAAUAAAGGUGAAAUACAUGUUUUAAUAAAAAAAUAUAUAUGUUUAAACUACCUAUCAGAGCCUAUAUUUGAUGAAAGCACAGUCCAUAGCUUUGCCAGUGCAAGAUCGGGAUCACCAUGUGCACCAGCACUCUAAAAAGACAUCUGCUGGUCUGGAAUGAGAGAGCAGCAGUUCUUAACAUCUUUAAUAAGUUUUAUUUUCACAAGUCAAAAUGUUGUUAACAUAGAUGGUCCUGGACACAACAACAUGAAACUAUCUAUCAUAAUCCUAGCCUAGAGGUUAGAGCGUUGGGCAAGUAACCGAAAGGUUGCAAGAUCGAAUCCCCGAGCUGACAAGGUAACUCACCAUUCCUAUGCAGUCAUUGAAAAUAAGAAUGUGUUCUUAACUGACUUGCCUAGUUUAAUAAAUGUCAAAUAAAUAAAUAUAUGAACGAAUAUCAUCCCUGACCUGUGGUGGUGAUGAUGAUGAUGCUCUGUUUUCCAAGAUCUCUACGAAUCAGAGCCUGGUGUCUGGGCUGUUUCAGUGACAUCACGGUUUCUGUACGUCCUCUCACAACAACUUCCUGUUUGAUUGCCAUAAAAAGCAUUAAUGUUGCUGAUCUCUGCCAUUCUCACUUCACACAUUCUAAAGGGACUGAGAGAAACAGUGAGAAAGGGAGUAAUAGACAGAGAACCAGAGAUCACAGUAUGAAAAUAAUGAAGUCAGCUGUUGUUGUCAUUGUGUUUCUCAACAUGCUGCAUCGCUGUCUGAGCAACAACUUACGCACAGAGAUCCUGAAUGACUUGAGUAACCUCACUCCGGAGAACUUCACUUAUCCAAAGCAGUACCGAGUACCAGCAUCACAAAUGCGGGAGAAAGCAUGUGAGUGCCAGGGGAUGUUUGCCACUGGGCUGAAGCAUGUGGUCAACAAGGUGAAGGCCCGGACCGAGGAACACAAACCACUUCUGAACAGACUACAAAAGAACAUCCAGGCUCUGCCUCAGAAAUCUACCCCUAAGGAGGCCAGUAUCUGCCCCAUGAAGAGCAAGUCGCUGCUAACCCGUCCACCGAAUACUGUUGUUCUAAUGGCUUACAUAUAUUUCCUUAAGAACCUGAACGAAAAGGAAUGUUAGAGAGAUACUACCGUAGAGAUAAUUCGAUUAUCUUUAUAUAUUAUAGAAUGAUCUCUUCUGGUAAUAUGGCCCAUAAAUACACUGCAUCUCUCUUUGUGUAAUAUGGCCCAUAAAUACGCUGCAUCUCUCUUUGUGUAAUAUGACCCAUAAAUACGCUGCAUCUCUCUUUGUGUAAUAUGACCCAUAAAUACGCUGCAUCUCUCUUUGUGUAAUAUGACCCAUAAAUACGCUGCAUCUCUCUUUGUGUAAUAUGACCCAUAAAUACACUGCAUCUCUCUUUGUGUAAUAUGACCCAUACAUACGCUGCAUCCCUCUUUGUGUAAUAUGACCCAUAAAUACACUGCAUCUCUUUGUGUAAUAUGACCCAUAUAUACGCUGCAUCCCUCUUUGUGUAAUAUGACCCAUACAUACGCUGCAUCUCUCUUUGUGUAAUAUGACCCAUACAUACGCUGCAUCUCUCUUUGUGUAAUAUGACCCAUAAAUACACUGCAUCUCUCUUUGUGUAAUAUGACCCAUAAAUACACUGCAUCUCUUUGUGUAAUAUGACCCAUAUAUACGCUGCAUCUCUCUUUGUGUAAUAUGACCCAUAAAUACGCUGCAUCUCUCUUUGUGUAAUAUGACCCAUAAAUACGCUGCAUCUCUCUUUGUGUAAUAUGACCCAUACAUACGCUGCAUCUCUCUUUGUGUAAUAUGACCCAUAAAUACGCUGCAUCUCUCUUUGUGUAAUAUGACCCAUACAUACGCUGCAUCUCUCUUUGUGUAAUAUGACCCAUACAUACGCUGCAUCUCUCUUUGUGUAAUAUGACCCAUACAUACGCUGCAUCUCUCUUUGUGUAAUAUGACCCAUACAUACGCUGCAUCUCUCUUUGUGUAAUAUGACCCAUACAUACGCUGCAUCUCUCUUUGUGUAAUAUGACCCAUACAUACGCUGCAUCUCUCUUUGUGUAAUAUGACCCAUAUAUACGCUGCAUCUCUCUUUGUGUAAUAUGACCCAUACAUACGCUG